UUUUCGACGGUUACCGACUUCGUUGCCGGCUAGGUAGUCUCGCGAGAUUUCACGGAGCUAGCUAAUCGUUAGCAAGCCUGCCGCUCGGCGGAAUUUUGCCGCAAAGCGCUCGGAAUCUGGGGAUGCCGGAACAUAUACUCAAGGGGGACCGGUAGAAAUGAGGAUGUAGCCUCUAGACGUUCAUUUGCACACUCGGCCGAAUGUUAAUAUUGUCAGUGAGCUUUGUUGUUUAGUUCAAUUUUCCGUUGUCGUCACCGCACCCGUCAACCUUCGUUAUUUAUUAUUGUUGGCUAGCGUGCGUUAGCGGCUAGCAUCGGCUUCCGAGUUACACAGCAGGUGUACUGAUUGUCAUAUCGGACAACUACGACGGGGUGUUCGUGUUAGCUAAAGGGGUGUUAGCCAAAGGGGUGUUAGCCGCGGAGUUAAGUCUAAUGCCCCGUCUGCAAAUACUGUCGAUGCUCGCUUGAUCCACCGUCGAUGUGAUAUAUAAUAUAUAUAUAUUUAUUUUAUAACCAGCCUGCGUAGCGUCAUUACCAACGCGAGUUAUCGUUAGCUCGACAUUCAGUCAUGACCGGGGAAAAGAUCCGCACCUUGCGGAAAGACCACAGCAAACCGAACAAAAAUGACGAUAUCAUGGAUCGGUACGAGGAGCCUCCGAACGGCACCAUCCCCAACGGCACCACUAACGCUUUCCGAUCGAACAGGGCUUUUCAGAAACCAGCGAAACCUCUCGCCCUGCAGCAGCAGCAGCAGCAGCUUUCAAACAUCAACGCGAACAAUCUCAACGCCAACUCGCCGGUCGGCACCGUCGUCGACGACGACAACAAAAACCCAAUAAUCUUAACGCAGGAGGACUUGGGGUACCCUGUGCACGAGUGCGUGUUCCGAGGGGAUGUGCGCCGGCUGUCCUCCCUCAUCAGGAGCCACAGCAUCUCUCAGAAGGAUGUGCACGGAAACACGCCUCUUCACUUGGCUGUCAUGCUGGGCCACAAAGAAUGUGCCCUCUUACUCCUGGCCCAUAAUGCCCCGGUAAAGAUAAAGAAUGCACAAGGAUGGAGCCCUUUAGCAGAGGCCAUCAGCUAUGGUGACAGGCAAAUGAUCACAGCAAUACUGAGGAAGUUAAAGCAGCAGUCCAGAGAGAGUGUGGAGGAUAAGAGGCCAAAACUACUGAAAGCUCUCAGAGAGCUGGGUGACUUCUAUCUAGAACUACAUUGGGAUUUUCAGAGUUGGGUGCCUUUGCUGUCAAGGAUGCUGCCAUCUGAUGCUUGUAAGAUUUACAAGCAAGGAAUCAAUAUCAGACUUGACACCACGCUAAUAGACUUCACUGAUAUGAAGUGUCAGCGUGGAGAUCUCAGCUUCAUCUUCAAUGGAGAUGCUGCACCCUCCCAGUCCUUUGUAGUCUUGGACAAUGAGGCGAAAGUGUACCAAAGAAUACAUCAUGAGGAAUCUGAGAUGGAGACUGAAGAAGAAGUGGAUAUUCUGAUGAGCAGCGACGUCUACUCUGCCACCCUUUCCACCAAGUCUAUCACCUUCUCUCGUAGCCAGAUUGGCUGGCUGUUCAGAGAAGACAAGACUGAGAGAGUUGGGAAUUUCCUGGCUGACUUCUAUGCAGUUAAUGGUCUGGUGCUGGAGUCCAGGAAACGUCGAGAGCACCUGAGUGAGGAAGACAUUCUCAGGAACAAAGCCAUCAUGGAGAGCUUGAGUAAAGGGGGCAGCAUCAGCGAGCAGAACUUUGAGCCUGUGAGAAGGCAGUCCCUCACAGCACCAGCACCCAACACAAUUUCUUGGGAAGAGUACAUCACUGCCGAGCAUGGAAAGCCACCUCAUCUUGGGAGAGAUCUUGUGUGCAAAGAGAGCAAGAAGAACUUCAAAGCGACUGUAGCUAUGAGCCAGGAUUUUCCUCUAGGCAUCGAGUCAUUACUGAACGUACUGGAGGUGAUCGCCCCUUUUAAACACUUCAACAAGCUCAGAGAAUUUGUCCAGAUGAAACUUCCUCCAGGUUUUCCAGUAAAACUGGACAUCCCCGUCUUCCCGACUAUCACAGCGACCGUCACCUUUCAGGAAUUUCACUACGAUGAAUUUGAAGACUCGAUUUUCUCCAUCCCCGCCGAGUACAAAGAGGAUCCCAGUCGUUUCCCGGACCUGUGAUCUAGCUAGCACAUCGUAAGCACUUAGACAUCUCGACUACGAAACACUGACAAACUCCCAUUUUACUAUGUGAUCUUUUUAAAAGGGAAUCAAUCUCUUGACAAUUUUUUUUUUUGUUUUUUUGUUUUUGUAGAUACUCGAAAGCAAAUCAAUGCAAAAACAGAUCUUUAAAAUGUACUAUACUACGUUCGGAUGCAUAUCAGUAGUACGUUUUAUGAAACCAUAGUAACAGGUACUACUCGCUGUUCACCAGCUGAACGGUGCGUUCACUGCUCUGUGCUGCUCUCCUCCUGGGAAGGUUGCAGGACUCAGAAGGGGCUCCUUCAGCCUCGUCCGAAUGUGUCGACUAUGUCUACUCCACUUCCGACUCCGGACACUGACCGGCGUUCCCUCAUUGCAUUUUGGUCCUCUCGAAGCUGCACUGUUGGUCAUCUGUAAAUAAUCCACUAAAGACGAAGACUAAGAUAGAUUUAAGAGUAAACGACUAGUGUCAGAUAUAGCUAUACGAUACUGAACCGAGCUUUUCAUGUUGUAAAUGAUGUACAGUACAUUCUCAAAGGAACAAUACUGUAGCAAUACAUUUCCGGUAUUUCAGAAGGUUUUUUAACCGGGUGCGAGGAAGUUUGGCAUAAAACGACAUUCUUACAGUUCGAUACCCAAGCCUUUUUCUCCAGCGCAGGAUGUGACGUCCUGCUUUUCAGGUUAGCUCACGCUACUUCCUGGCCGUCUCGUUUCAUUUGUCGUCCUCAUGGGGACUUGUGUUCUGUGCGAGUGAAUCAUUAUAUAAGGUUUGUAUGUUCGUGUGGAAACGCAGAUGGAAUAUCAGGAAAAUGUUCUAGUUUAAUACUGCACUGAUAUGAAGUAUUAUUUAACGCAUGCUAAUGCUAUAUGACAGAAAAUCACUAAGCAUCUUUGAACUAUAUUUCCUAAACACUUGUAAUACCUACAUCUUCCUAUUUAGAGUACAAGGAAAGAAACCAAAUAUCUUUAGCAUUUUCACAGACCUCUCAGUGCUUUUACUCUGUUAGCAGUGCUCAUAUUUUUCAUGUGCGUUCUACCUUCGGGUAAAUAAACUGUGAAGCUUUUGGUCCCACUGUUGAGACGGACAGCUUGACCCACCGAGAUGUUUGACGUCAGCUAACAUGUAUCGUAGCUUUACCAACUUGACAUCCCUUUAAAUAAAGCACCAGCACCGUGUCUCCACCCACUUC